AUUCCCUUGUUGGCCUCUCUGAUGAGUUGGGGAAACUCGAUACCUUUGCUGAAAGUUUUCCACCAGUUCCUCUGUGACGCUUGCUCACAAAGUCAUUGUUAAGAUGGCGUCAGCUAGCUGGAUACACUGUCACCAGAGUCGGGUCUCCAAAACGUGGAGGAAGCAACAGAGGAAAACAGAACUAAACAGGGCAUGGAUUUGAACUUGUAACUCACAGAAGAAAGUGGCCUUCUGUCGUCAGGAGACCUGAGGAGGGAUAAACAGCCUCCCUGAGGGAAUCACAGAUAUGCAAAUCGGGAUGGCAAGGAGAUGUAGGUUUCCAGCUAAAAGACUGGCAGAGACUAAAAGGACUCCUGUGGCUGGUGUUGGCCAGCGUAUUGGGAAACAAGUAGGCUUCUGCAUUCUCGGGGAAGCGGACAUUGGCUUGUUCCUCAUAAAGAGAAUGGCUCAGAGCGUGGUGGAGGUCAUGGAAGACUCCAAGGGCAAAGUCCACGAGAACCUCCUGGCUAACGGAGUUGACUUGACAUCCUUUGUGACGCACUUCGAGUGGGACAUGGCCAAAUAUCCUGCCAAGCAGCCACUGGUGAGCGUGGUGGACACACUGGCCAAGCAACUGGCACAAAUCGAGACAGACCUGAAGUCCCGCACGGCUGCAUACAGCGUUCUGAAGGCCAACUUGGAGAACUUGGAGAAGAAGUCCAAGGGGAACCUCUUCACUCGAACGCUAAGCGAUAUCGUCAGCAAAGAAGACUUCGUACUUGAUUCGGAAUAUCUCAUAACCCUUCUGGUCAUCGUCCCUAAGUCAAGCUAUGCACAAUGGCAGAAGACAUAUGAGUCCCUAUCGGACAUGGUCGUCCCUCGGUCAACCAAACUGAUCGCCGAGGACAAUGAGGCUGGCCUCUUCACAGUGACACUCUUCCGAAAAGUGACUGAAGAUUUCAAAGUUAAAGCGAAAGAAAACAAGUUCAUUGUCCGGGAAUUUUACUAUGAUGAAAAAGAAAUUAAAAGAGAAAGGGAGGAGAUGACCAGGUUGCUGUCUGAUAAGAAACAACAGUAUCAAACAUCCUGUGUUGCUCUUAAAAAGGGAUCAGCCACCUACCGGGACCACAAGGUUAAGGUAACCCCGCUAGGUAACCCUGCUAGGCCCGCUGCGGGGCAGACCGACAGAGACAGAGAGAGUGAGGGAGAGGGCGAGGGACCUCUGCUGCGCUGGCUCAAGGUGAACUUCAGCGAGGCCUUCAUUGCCUGGAUCCACAUAAAGGCCCUGCGGGUGUUUGUGGAGUCUGUGCUCAGGUAUGGACUUCCAGUAAACUUCCAGGCUGUGCUUCUGCAGCCCCAGAAAAAGUCAGCCACCAAACGCCUGAGAGAGGUGCUCAAUUCAGUCUUCCGGCACUUGGAUGAGGUCGCUGCAGCAAGCAUACUGGACGCCUCUGUGGAAAUCCCUGGACUGCAGCUCAGUAACCAGGACUAUUUCCCGUACGUGUACUUCCACAUCGACCUCAGCCUCCUGGACUAGGUGGCCAGCCUGUGUCACUGCAGCCUACCUUGCUCACAGCCAGACGACCAAGUCCUACAGGAUCCUGACUCACGAGAAACUCAAAGACGUUAGUUAGAGUGUAUUUAUUUUUUUAAGUUACAAUAAAAUGCUCAGUUCUGA